AUGGAAGGACUCGUUCCUUCCUAUCAAAUUAAUUGGAAACAUUCAAAAAGUGAGAAGUCGAUUAAAGCGCAAGAAAAGAGUAUCAAUUCGAAAACUGUCCAAAAACAAGUCGAACCAUUACUCACGGAUGAUCAUAAGAUCAAAAGGCAAAAGUUUGCAAAUUGGAUACGAACAAAUUUUCGAAAAGAAGAAACAAUGCGAAUUCUUUUUUCGGACGAGAAAAUGUUCGAUAUUGAUGGUGUAUACAAUGCUCAAAAUGAUCGGGUAUGGGCAGUUGAUCGUGCUGAAGCUGAUAAAAAGGAUGAUACAAACCAGAAGCGACAGUUUCCAUAA